AUGGGAUCUGCCUGCCACUCGUGGACGAUCGCCUUCCAGCUGCCGCCGGGCCCUGAAGCCACCCAGCCCGGGUCCGGUCUCAAGUUCCCCAUCUACAACGAUGGCCUGCGGGUUCGGACCGCAGUGUUCGUCGACGAGCAGCGAUGCGCGCCGGAGAACGAGGUGGACGAGGACGACGGACGCAGCUGGCACUGGGUUGCGUACGAUGGCACAGUCCCCGUCGGCGUCGUGCGUCUCGUCCCGCCUCCCCAUGAGGGCCAUGACGGCCAUGAGGGCCCUGACGGCGAGCAGCCGUUUGUCAGGAUCGGUCGACUGGCCGUUCUCCCGUCGUACCGGGGAAAGGGGCUCGCGCGGACGCUGGUCGACACGGCGUUGGGAUGGGCUGCCGAACACGCCGGCGAGGUGGGAGCUGCCCUCGAUGCCGGCUCGAGAUGGAACGGCCUCACGCUGAUCCACGCGCAGACGGCCGUCGAGGCGAUGUAUGCUCGUCUGGGCUUCGUGACGGACCCGGGCAUGGGACGCUGGGAGGAAGAAGGGAUCCCGCACAUUGGGAUGUGGAAGACCGUCGAGGUUUUACAUUCUACACCGUCCUGA